GAGCAAGAAGCAGCGUAUCAAUUUAGAAAACGCGCCGUCGAGUGAGUUGGUUCGUUGAAAGGAUCGUCAUCUCGUUGCUUGGUCGUGCACCAAAGACGCGGAGACAGAGUCGUUUUGGCUGAAUGUACCAAGGAAGCGGAGAUGGAAUCAAUGCAAAUUUUGGAGGUUUUACUGUGUUGAAAACAGACAUACACAGGAAGUGCAGUAGGAACAACUUGUCCUAGAGAAACAAAGUCAAGGUUGAAAAAUGGGCAGUCUCAUCUGUUGUGCCGGUGGAGGCGACACGGAGGAGGUGGACACCGGUGAGGAAGAGGAAGAAAUGGUUGACGUGAAUCCCACCACCUUCAACCCACCCUCGGUGCAUCCCGACGUGCCAGCGGGCGUGAAGGUCCCCGCGAUGGAAAAGGCCACAGAGUUGGAUGAUGAUGAGCCGGAACCUGUGAAAAGUAUGGUACAGUAUCCGGUGAUCAAGGUGAUUUGAGGAUCGUUCGACGUCCCAAGAAGGUCGUGGAGGGAGGUGGUCAACAACAAGAAGCAAAGACAAAAAUUAGUUUUCACCGCAGCUCGAAAAUAAGUACUAUCUCUGGCACGACCAGCUGGCACCAAGAGAACGUCGAGAAGUCGAAGAACUUCUACAUCAUGCGCACCAGCAGCAGCAGCACCAGCGUCCAUCAAAACGACCUAUCCUCCCUCGACCGACAGCUCGAUGCUUUUGUUGCGAGUCAUCACGCAGAAGUCAGCCACGACCUGAUUCCAAUCCAACCACGGUCGCAGAACGCCAUUCCAGCCUACGUGUGGGAGCCAGUCUCUGGCUCGUCUGCACACCAGCGAACGAGCAGUAGUGGCACCGGAAGACGCGCGGUGGCGUCAGUUGAGACGGAUUGGAACGGCGUGGGUCUUGAAGCUGCGCUGCAGUCGAGUGGUGUUGCGAGGAGGCACGCUAAUUUGAACAAGCGGCUAGAUCAAGAGCUUGCUGGUGAUGCUGCUUCGCAUGAUGUUUUAGGAAGUUUCUCAGCACAAUCACAAGCUGGUCCUCCGCCAAGGCCACCUUUACCACCCCACUCGACGGCCGCUACACGAACAGUACAACUGCCUCCUGUUCAUUAUGCAAAGACAAAGAGUCCUGCUAGUGCUACAUCAGGAAUUGCGACGUCCUCUCGUGCUCGUCCUGUCCGUCUUGCGGUGGACACAGAUCCGGAUCGAGAUCGGUAUCUAGAAGAUCGCCGACAAGAGCAACACGCAAGCUCUGGGGUGAGUAACCUGUUUCACGGUCAUGACGACUUUGCUCCGUCGCCGUUGGCGAUCGCGAGGGGGAGUAACAUCCUCCGAAAUAAGCGGGGGUUUGAACAAGCCAGUGAGCGGACAGCAGCACCGGGUCGAGGUAGUUCCUCUUCGUGGCCGCAACACCAACAGAAUAGCGGCGCAAGUAGCGAUGUCCCUGCACUGGUGGAGUUUGCAGCUGCAGCUUCGUCGCACGGUGGUCCCCUAGGCAGUAACGACCCGAGCCACCCUGACUUCAAUCCGUACUUGGCUGGAGUUGCCGUGCCGCCCAGCGGUACUGCAAGGAGGAGCGGAACAUCAAAAGCUGCAUCAAAUUCAAAUGCUCUUGUCCAGCACAAUCCCUUCUAUCUGGACAAUGCUGCAGACUUUGACUUGUCUGUCUCUACGUCCGCGGGCACCGGCCUGGAUCCACCACAAGACCAAGCAGGUCCUAUUGGCGCAACGCCUUCGGACCGUCACCGUCCUUCAGUUCUUGGUACUACAGAGGAUGAAUACGUCAAUCCCUACCUUCGUUCAUCGCCUCUUGCAACCAAUUCGCAGCAGCACCAAGCGCGAGUAGGACCGAGCAGACACAACACGCGACCGCCCUACGCCAACACACCGAAUCUGCCUAGAGAAACAAGCCACUCUAGUACUUCCGCAGGAGAAUCUGCACGGGCGGAAAGAGGCGAGAUGAACUCACGCACCACUCCAGCAGCAGGCUCUGUACGUCCAGAUGAAUCUACACGUCAUCAUCCUGCACCACCAGUGGCAGAUGACGACCGCAAUAAUGCUGGUGCCUACUACUGUUUCGAGGUCCCAGAAGACUACAAUCCGUACGCUAGCAACCCACUAUCGCGAAACACCAACCAGCAGACUCGUGCUGCGCGGGGCUACCGCGAGCGGGCGACGGUGGAAGAUUUUGGUGGUGGGCUGGACGAUAUACUCGUUCCCCGGCUGGGCCGACUUGCGGAGGACCGGCGGCGGGCGAUAGAAGAGAGCAGCAAUCUAGGCCUCACCAACCAAACAAAUUAUGGCGGUGGAGGGCAACAGGCUGCGAGAGCAAGGGCUGACCGCGCGGCCACAAAUGACGACUUCGGGGGCGAUCUGUCGGCGAUACUACCGCAACGGGCGAAAAGACAGAGAAGCAAGUCGAUGGACGGAGCAGGAGGUACGUAUCAAAGCAAAAUCAAGAAGCGGAUCCGGAAUGUGACACUGAACAAGACAAACACGAACAUCGGGGAGGAUUGCGCGUUCUGUCUGAUGGAGUUCGAACCACGGCAGAAUGUGCAGAUGCUACCGUGCAAACACCUGUUUCAUUCCGGUUGCUGGCGGAAGCAUUGCGUGCACUCCUUGAAACAGCGGGAGCCGGUGGUCAAGUGCCCGCUGUGCCGAACAGACGUGACGGAGUUGGUGAAUGGGAGUGGCGGAGGCGGGGGUAAGUAGAUUUUUGUAGAUCAGAAGGAGGCGGGGCGUUGAGAGGAGCAGCCUGCUGCUGAUAGAUCCCUCGAAUCUGUUACUGUUGCUUUGAUUUGUGCACGAGUAAAACUUUCAUUUUGCCUCUAACUCGUGAGAUCUAUGAUGUGUACUUACUGUGUUUGGUUUCGAACCUGUUUCUGUAGCUGAGCUUGAAAUGUAAAAUCAAAAGGCCACCGUCUGCUAGUAACGCUUUUGCGGUUGCGUUUGCGAAGAUAUUGGAAGGGUGUUUUGUAUCAGAUUUGUUCUUUGGAGGUUUGACACUGUACCUGCUGUUCGUACGAAACACAAGACGAUUUUUUUCGGUCCCUGUGCAGGAGCAGUAAAGGCGCAAGUUCUUGCGCUUCAGUAU